AUGCGGUGCUGGCAGCCUGCUACAGGCCGCACCCUGCGCUGCGUCUCGGUCGCAGCGCUGCGGUGCUCGCAGCGGGCGUACUGUCGGCUGUGGGUGCCCGGCCGCGGCGCGCGAGCAGGGACGAUGGUGACGCUCACGGCGGUGUGGCGUCGGCGUGACGGCGCCGCAAUGUGUGCGUGGGUGCGCUCGGCGAGCAGCACCGGUGGCGGUGGGGGCAGUCGCGGCAAGGACAUUGACGUGGUUGACGAGGCGAAGCCCAUUCACAUCCGCGUUGCGGAGGAGAAGGACUCGCAGAUCUUCACCAUGCAGGAUUACAUUGAGCGUGAGGAGGCGGAGCUGAACGCGUCCCGGUCCGUCAGCCAGCGACUCUCAGACGUGCGCGACAACCCCGUCUGGAUGCUGUGGGCGCUGUUGUUUCUUUCGCUUGGGGUGCUGACGGUUGUCGUCUCCAUUCGUGUGCGGCGGGAGCAGAUGCGCUUUGACCCGAGGCUGCGGGCAGUGAAGGCCUUUGACAGUCCGGAGGGGCCGAGCAUUGGCGGCCCCUUCUCACUGGUCGGCGUGGACGGCCGCCGGUACACCGACAAGGACUUCCUCGGCAAGUGGCUGUACAUCUACUUUGGCUUCACCAACUGCCCGGACGUCUGCCCGGAGGAGAUGGCGAAGAUGAGCCGCGUGGUGCAGCACCUGGACAAGAAGGUUGGCCGCGACUACUGGCAGCCGGUCUUCGUCUCCCUCGACCCGCGCCGGGACACGCCGGAGAAGAUACGCGAGUACCUGGCCGACUUCAGCCCGCGCAUCCUCGGCCUUGUCGGGACGCAGGAGGAGGUGGAGGCGGCGGCGCGGGAGUACCGGGUGUACUUCGCCAUCCCCGACGAGGAGGCGAUGAGCGAGGACGACUACCUGGUGGAUCACUCCAUCAUCAUGUACCUCAUGGACCCCGAGGGCAAAUUCUGCGACUACACCACGAAGGAGUUCCAGUGGUUUGAGAGCUACAGCAAACUGCUGCGCCGCAUGAUGGACUACGAGCGGGAGAAGGCGCAAAAGCAGCGGGCGAGAGGCGGGGAGCUGCAGCCGGGUGAGCGGGCGGCAAACGUGAAGGUGGCAAACAUUGCGACGGUGUUAGAUGAGAGCGUGGCUGCGGUGCCCAGCCGCGAGGCGCUGGAGAGCGAGAGGCCGCAGCAGGCGAUGACGGUCCGGCGUUGA